AUGCGUGGCGGUGGAUAUCGGGGCGGUCCGCGGGGUCGUGGUGGGUUUGUGGCUGGACCUUCAUUCCCUAUGCGUCCACCUCCAUUCGACGUCCACCUCGCUAACGAUGUGUUCGUUCGAAUCAACGAGAAUAACGAUACUCAACUUACUCAGGAUGUUGUAGCGCGAGCCACUGCUCUUACUCCCACCGAUUCUGAACGAGCCACAGUGGCUGCGUUGGUUCUCAAAGUAAAAGCAGCUAUUGACAAAGUAAUAGCCACACCAGAUUGCGUACCUGGAGUGAAGUUCGAGGAUUAUCGUGAAGUUGGCUCAUUCAAGAAGGAUACAGCCUUGACAGGACAUACUGUUGCAGAUAUAGUCAUUGUUAUGCAGACACUUCCAACUUAUUGUGUCGCUGGAGUGAAGUUCGAGGAUUAUCGUGAAGUUGGCUCAUUCAAGAAGGACACAGCCUUGACAGGACAUACUGUUGCAGAUAUAGUCAUUGUUAUGCAGACGCUUCCAACUUUUGAAGCAGUAGCAGCGUUGGGUAAUAAGCUUGCGGAAGAAGUCAGAGCUCAGAAGGAAGUUGAAGCAGUAGCAGCGUUGGGUAAUAAGCUUGCGGAAGAAGUCAGAGCUCAGAAGGAAGUGAUCUCUUGCGUUUCCCGUGAUUACGGAUGCUUGUUGGCAGCGGCGAAUGCACAGGUUCGGAUUCUCAUCACGACUCUCCCCAGCAAUGCGCCAAAUUUGGAGCAGGAUCUCCAUUUACCCGAACGCAUAAUGAUGAUCAAUCAUCACGCCAUACGUCAUGUUAUAUGGUUUGAAGAAGCUACUCUGCAAUCCCCAUUUAAGAUGCUCGUUCGUGUUCUCAAAGACAUCCGCCGACGAUACGCUGGACUCCAACCGUUAUCCGUUUGGGUGAUUGAGUACUUGGCCCACUUUGCUGUUAUGAACACUUCCAAUCGGCAGCCGCUUCCACUUGGCCCUGCAUUUCGAAGAGUGUUUGAAGCAUUAUCGACAGGCAUGUUUGUAGAUCUACUCAUCCCUUUUUUCAGCUAG